AUGGCCGUUUUUCGCCCGUUCCGGGGCUGCCGGUAUACGCCGCAGGUCGGCAGCGACCUGGCAGACCUGCUCUGCCCACCCUACGACAUGAUCGGCGCAGGGCUCAAGGAAAAUCUGCAAGGCCUCAGUCCCCACAACGCCGUGCACCUGGAAGGCGGGGAACAACCCGACCUUGUGGACCCGGAAGCCGGUUACCGGCAGGCGGCAGCCCUGUUCCGAGAAUGGCUGGAAACCGGCGUCCUGCGCCAGGAAGAUUCACCCAGUUUUUACCUGAUGCGCCACACCUACCAGGAUGAAAGUGGAAACGGAACCAGGCAGCAGUUGGGCUUGUUCGGCGACGUGCUAGUGGAGACUACGGCAGCGGCUCGGUAUUGCCCCACGAGUUCACACGGGAACCGGCUGUCAUGGACCGCGUCGCCCUAUUGGAAGCUUCCAGGACCCAGUUCAGCCCCCUGA